AAGGCGAAGGAACCCCGGCGCUACAGCCCCGAGGCCGCACUGUCGCGGGUCCCCUCCCCUGCGGCUGAUCAUUAACCAGGAGGCGGUAUAAGAAACAGCGGCCGGUGCGUAAGGGAGGGAAUCGUCUCCGCAGCCAUGGACAGCAGUACCUGGAGCACCACGGCCACCACCACCGCCGCCCCGGUGGAGCCCCACGAGCGCAUCCGCAAUCCGGCCGACAUCUCCGUGAUUGUCAUCUACUUCGUGGUGGUGAUGGCCGUCGGGCUGUGGGCUAUGUUUUCUACUAAUCGUGGGACAGUUGGAGGCUUUUUCCUGGCAGGCCGAAGUAUGGUGUGGUGGCCGAUUGGAGCCUCUCUCUUCGCCAGUAACAUUGGCAGUGGCCACUUUGUGGGGCUGGCUGGGACCGGGGCAGCUUCCGGCAUCGCCACUGGGGCCUUUGAAUGGAACGCUCUGUUUUUAGUGGUCGUGCUGGGCUGGGUAUUUGUGCCCAUUUACAUCAAGGCUGGGGUGGUGACGAUGCCGGAGUACCUUCGGAAGCGGUUUGGAGGCAAGCGGAUCCAGGUCUACCUUUCCGUUCUGUCCCUGCUGCUCUACAUUUUCACCAAGAUCUCGGCUGACAUCUUCUCCGGGGCCAUAUUCAUCAAUCUGGCCUUGGGCCUGAAUCUAUACCUGGCCAUCUUUCUCUUAUUAGCAAUCACUGGCCUUUACACAAUCACAGGGGGCCUGGCAGCUGUGAUUUACACGGACACCUUGCAGACAGCGAUCAUGCUGGUGGGAUCUUUGAUCUUGACUGGGUUUGCUUUUCAUGAAGUGGGAGGGUAUGAUGCCUUCAUGGAAAAAUACAUGAAUGCCAUUCCAACUGUGACUCUUGACGGCAACAUCACCAUCAAGGAAGAGUGCUACACCCCGAGGCCUGACUCCUUCCACAUCUUCCGAGAUCCCCUCAAAGGAGACCUCCCUUGGCCGGGGCUCAUCUUUGGGCUGUCCAUCCUCGCCCUGUGGUACUGGUGCACAGAUCAGGUCAUUGUGCAGCGCUGCCUCUCAGCCAAGAACAUGUCCCACGUGAAAGCCGGCUGCACCCUGUGUGGGUACCUGAAGCUGCUGCCCAUGUUCCUCAUGGUGAUGCCAGGGAUGAUCAGCCGCAUUCUGUACACAGAAAAAAUUGCCUGCACCGUCCCCUCCGUGUGUGAGAAAUAUUGCGGCACCAAGGUUGGCUGUACCAACAUCGCCUACCCAACCUUGGUGGUGGAGCUCAUGCCCAAUGGACUGAGAGGCCUGAUGCUGUCUGUCAUGAUGGCCUCUCUCAUGAGCUCCCUGACCUCCAUCUUCAACAGCGCCAGCACCCUCUUCACCAUGGACAUCUACACCAAGGUGCGCAAGCAGGCGUCGGAGAGAGAGCUCAUGAUUGCAGGAAGGCUGUUCAUCCUGGUGCUGAUUGGCAUCAGCAUCGCCUGGGUGCCCAUCGUGCAGUCCGCACAGAGCGGGCAGCUCUUCGAUUAUAUCCAAUCUAUCACCAGUUACUUGGGACCACCCAUUGCCGCUGUCUUCCUGCUUGCUAUUUUCUGGAAGAGAGUCAAUGAGCCAGGAGCCUUUUGGGGACUGAUCCUAGGAUUUCUGAUUGGGGUUGCCCGCAUGAUCACUGAGUUUGCCUAUGGAACCGGGAGCUGCAUGGAGCCCAGUAACUGUCCCACGAUUAUCUGCGGGGUACACUACUUGUACUUUGCCAUCCUCCUCUUUGUCAUUUCUAUCAUCACCAUCGUGGUCGUCUCCCUCUUGACCAAGCCCAUCCCAGAUGUGCAUCUCUACCGUCUGUGUUGGAGUCUCCGUAACAGCAAAGAGGAGCGUAUUGACUUGGAUGCGGGAGAGGAGGACUUCCAGGAAGCCCCGAAGGAGGCCUUGGAUAUAGAAGUUCCUGAGGAGAAAAAAGGAUGCUUCAGGAGGGCCUAUGACCUAUUUUGUGGCCUGGACCAGCAGAGCGGACCCACAAUGACCAAGGAAGAGGAGGCAGCCAUGAAGAUGAAGCUGACAGACACCUCUGAGAAGCCUUUGUGGAGGACAGUGGUGAACAUUAAUGGCAUCAUCCUGCUGGCUGUGGCUGUCUUCUGCCAUGCAUAUUUUGCCUGAGUCCUGGCUUUUCUGCUGCAGUCUCACCACGGCGGGAAUCUUAACUCAUCUCCCUUUAAUCCCACCCUGUGGUAUUGAAAGGAAACCAGGCAUUUGUAAAUUUCACCCAGUUGGACAACCGUGUACAUGUGUAAUUAUAGGCUGGCUGGUGGAAAAUCAUUAAUUUGUUGUUAACUUAUGUAUUUGAAGCCAGUGUGAUACAAUCACUGUACAUACUAGAGCUAAGGAAGGAAGGUCCACUCAGGUAUAUCCAGAAAAAGGCUGAGUAAGAAACACAAGCCUAGUGAUGUCUGGGGAAAGUCUGUUUUGUAAUCCUUGAGUAUUAUUUAAAGAGUUUUGGUGCCUCUGGUUCCUGCCAUUUUCUCCUAUCUGACUUCCUCCACAUCUCUCUCUCUCUUUUUUUUUUUUUUUAAAUUUAAGCAGUUUUCAAUUUUCCCCUUAUCCUAUUCCUCUCAAGUUUUUUUUUUUUCCUACCACAAGAAAAAUCAAUGCGAUAAAUUGGAUGAAUGCAGGUGCUAAGGAUGGGAGAUUGAUGAGGCCUGAAGAAGGCAGCACAUGCCCCAGAGAAAGGGACUUAGGCACCAGCUUCAGGCCAGUGGGGGAAGCAGAUAAUUUUGAAUCCAGGGGAUUUUCUGGUCUUCUUAAAAAUGCCCAUGGUGAGUUCCAUCUGUUUGGGAUUUUACUCAUUUCGACAUUGACUGUCCCUGCAAUGUCUUAGUCACUCAGUAAUCUUUGUUGACUAAGUGAAUGAUAAUGGGCAUUUAUUUAGAAAUAUUGGUUUUCUUUUUCCAGAAGCCUGGCUCUUGGUUAGCCUUUUCUUGUGGCUGCACAAAGUACGCCCUCUGGUGGCUAUGAUGAAUUGGAACGCACCUGCCAGAGGCCAUUCUGCCCCAAGGGGCUGAAGCUGACUUAACAUGGUUUUAGCAGCUGACAGCUGUCACCAGAGAAAGAAAAUGCACCUGCUGGGGGUGGAGUGGGGGAAGGGCAUAUCUAUAAUCUCAAAGCAGCUCCACCCUCCUGAAACACUGAAAUAUAAUGAGCUGGAGCUCAUCCUCCCUGCGAAUUCACAUGACCGCAGUUGUCCUUUUUCUGGUGACCUGAUUGGCGAUAGCCAACCCGUAAAGGUUCGAUUAGAUGGUGUGUUUUCCAGGUAGCAGGGCCCAACCCUUCCAGCUGAGAGGAGUGUAUUUCCUGUUGAGUCAGUUUCCCAGGGGGGAAAUUCUUUCCUUUAAUUUAACUUUAAUUCAUUCUUUUAAUUUCAUCUGUGAAAUCUCAAUUAUCUUGUAAUAGUAUACCAUUCAAGUUGUUAAAAAAGAUCACGAUGUUGGUCUUGAAUGAUUUCAGCAUAGCUUAGAAAAGAGCUUGAGAGUGGUCUCUGGAUAUAAAAUCGGUUCAACAGGCACCAGGAUGGCUUGUCCUUCCGGAGGGAAGGAAACUCAGAUAGCGUUAUUUGAAAUGCCUUCUCACUGCCCUGAAGCCAGGCAGAGGAGUGGGAAAAGUUAGAAUUUCACAUGGUGAACAUUCCUCAGAGGAUCUAGUCUUGGGUGGAGUGUGGAAUGUGUUUUCGGUGUUGAGAGUGGAAGGCUGGUGGGUGGAGUGGACAAUAUGAAGAAUCUAGAUUGUUCUGAAUUUGGUUUCUAGCUUUGCCAAGGAUUUACUGUGUAUAUUAUGUUAAAUUAUUUUGUCUCAA